AACAAGUGUUAUCAGCCGUAUCAGUGAAAAUUUUCAAGUAGAAGCUGGACCUUCAGUGAAAAACAAUCUGUUAACAUUAACAUAGGUUUGCCAACGUACUACUCUUAUUACUUAAGACUGAGGAAACUUUGAAGCGGUUUAUUUGAGGACUGUGCUACACGUGGUGGGUUUCAGAUAUAGGUUGCAAUCCUUUCAGCCAGUCGAAUAUAAAAGAUAUCUUUAGCAAAGUGUUCACAACCCACUUGUUAACGACGUAUGAUUAUUUUGCGAUUCCCGCCACGUUUAUAUUUCAAUAAACAACUUUACUGAAUUACUUGAUAUACGUUAUGAACACGGAAGUCGGUAGAUUAAAUGCGUACAAAGAAAAAACUAAAGUUGAUGGUGAAGAGCUAGUACUCAAUGUCUUUCCAAAACGUGUAUUUGAAAUGGAAGACAUAUUAGCGUCGGAUAUGUUUUUUCUAGAGGGAAAGUAUGUCCAUUCUGAUGUGAAUAUACCUUAUCCUAUUAAUCCACAUAAUUCGUUGCCUCCUGGUGAUGAUAUGGAUUCUGGUUUAACCAAUGCUACAGAUAAACUGACCAAUGAUAAACAACAGUUUCCUAGUAAAGGUUCUUUUGUCUACGCCUUACCAAAUGGCUCUGUGUCAUAUAAUAAACAUAUCAAAGCUAUGAUAGAGAAAACCAAACCAUGUUUAACUCAACUUAUGAUUGAAGCUCAACUUGUUCGUUUAUGGGUUCAGUUUAAUAUACCACGAAUUGAAGAUGGAAAUAAUUUUGGUGUAGGAAUACAAGAAGAGAUUUUAGGUGAAGCAUCGGGUAUCGAGAGGGAUGCAUGUACUUUCUUGGAUCAAGUCACAAGAUAUUAUGCCUCAAGAGGGAAAUUAGUGGGUAAAGUAGCAAAAUAUCCUCAUAUUGAAGACUAUCGUGAAUGUAUCCGUGAUAUGGAUGAGAAACAAGCAAUAACAAUGCGAUAUAUUAUCAUGGAAAUUCGUAAUCACUAUGCCACCUUGCAUGAUAUAAUAAUAAAAAAUCUGGAUCGUAUAAAAAUGCCUCGUUCCAAUAAUGCGAUCAAUAUGUACUAAUUGACGAAACCCAGAUUUAGUUAUGUGUUUGCUCACAUUAUGAGAUUUUGAUUGUAUGUAAAUACAUACGUUUGAAACGUAUUUGAAAGCUUUUGUUUCUAUAUGCUGUUUCUGCUUGCGAUCUUUAUUUGUAACCUGAAACGAUGAUCCUACACACGUAUUUAUACAACUUGUAAGACGAAGGCAAUUUCAGCAUUUAACAUUUCCGUUUGCAUAUCAAUUCUAACAAACCGUUUCAUUCUUUAAGUUUCGUAAAAUCGCUUUUCACUAAUAAAUAAUUCACUAACAAAGGCAAAACAUUUAUCUUAAUGCUAAGCAAUCCAUCCUAAUUGCAACUUAACUGUGGGUUCCAUAAAAGGCUGAAUAUAGUGUGCUGUCUCUUUGUGGGAUACCGUUUAGCAUAUUUUCAAUUUAAAAUUAGGGGAUGCAAUGGUAACUAGCUAAAUGGUCUAUGCCUUUAACCCACGAUAAACUAACUUCACUAUUAUAAUUCUUGUGGUUAUAAAUAAUCCAGGUGCUCUUCGGAGCUCCAUAUUAGUGGCUUCGUAAUGAAAAGAAUUGCAGUCGUUUGAUACUGUAAGAUCCAUUUUGAAUGUUUUGUGUGUUGGUGGAAAUCCCUCCAUG